GUCCCAGGACGUCGGUUCCACUGGCGGUGGACACGGAUAUGCUCCCGCCUCGCAUGCAAGGGUCCGUGGGCUUUUUGGCUCAGGCCAGUCUUCCCCCCCCUGUUGGGCGCCUCGUCGGCCGCGCACCGCGCACAUGUCCAGCUCGGCGCUCUUCGCCACUUACGCGCGCCUGUGGGUCGCGACCGAGGCCCUGUCCCUAUGGACCCAGCCGUUCCUUUUCCCGGGGCCUCAGUGGAUGUACCUGUGCGCGGCGGUCGCCGCCGUCGCCCUCGCAUGCCCGUGCCGCGCAACGUUCUCUGCAGCGCUGGGGGCGCGGAUAGCCAUGAGCGUAGCGCAAGCCCCGUACAUCUGGGACGCGUGCUGGUGGGGUAUCCUGCUCGACUUCGUGCUCGCCGGCGCCACGCUGCUGUGCCCGGAGGGAGCGGUGGUGCAGCAGUGCUGCCGCAUCGUCCCGGUGCAGCUCGGGCUCUUCUACAUCGGCGCGGGGCUCUGGAAGCUCAACACCGACUUCCUCGACGCGAGCAACUCCUGCGCCACGAUCUACGUGGCCUCGUUGCUUUCUCUCCUCCCGGAGCGGCUCGUGUUGGACGGGCUUCUCCGCCCCGCGUUCGCCGCGGCGCCGCUCGCGACGGCGGCCGGGGAGAUCGUCGUCGGCCUAUGCUUCGUCACCACCAGUCGCCCGGCUCGACGGCUCGGCAUUGUGCUCGCCGCGGCGCUGCACUUUGGGAUCGCCGUGUCGCCGUACCCGAACUCCGUGCCCUCCUUCGGCACCUUCUGCACUGCGAGGGCCUUCCUCUGCAUGCCCGAGGCGUGGGCAGCCUCGAUCCGCGAGGCGGCCUCGCCCCCCGCCGCGGCCCUGGGGCUGCUGGCCCGCGCAGGCGCUGGGGCGCUUGUCGCGGCCUCCUGCAGCCUCUCCACCGUCCCCUUCAUGUACAUAGACUGGAACAUCCCCUACCAGACGGCCCUCUGCCUGCUCGCGCUGCGCGCCGUGGCGCUCGACGCGGGUGCGGAGGGCACGUGCCCAGAGGCCGCCAGCGCGCCAGUGGGGGUCCGCCGCGCGCUGCUCCACGCGGGCGGCGCUGCGGCGCUGUCGUGCACUGUGGCCUACGUGUUCCUGUUCCAGGCCCUGGGGCUCAUGGACAUGAACGCCGCCAGCCCGUUUUCCAUGAUCCGCCAGCACGGGGGCUCCAACCACCUCUUCAUGCCCACCUCGCUACUGCUCGAGUGGCAGGCCGAGGCGGACCCGUCCUCGUCGGUGCUCGGUGAGUUCGGCGGGGGCGUCGUGAGGGUCGUGGAGUCUACCAGCGAGCACAUGAACGCCUUGUACCCGGGCGACAUCAGUCACGAGCUCCCUCCGCGCGUGGUUUCGCUGCUGCGCAGCGGGGGACACGCGGCGCGGGAGUACGCGCCCACGGUGAACGCCAUGCUGGGGCACGCCACCCGCUCGCAGAGCCCGCACUGGACCCCGCAGGAGCGGCACGCCCUUCCCCAGGUACACGGUGCCGGCGAUGCAGCUGCGGCGCAUGCUGGCGGAGGCCCGCGCGCUCGGGGAGCCCUUCACCCUGCGCUACGAGCGCCUGCCGGGCGUCGUCGGCGACGAGGCGUGGCGCCGCAGCGCCGUGGCGUCCGAGGUGCACGUGGAGGAGGACGGCCGCGGCGGCGGCAGUUGCCACUCCCGCCCGCGCGGUGCGGCGGAGUGGCGGCCGUGCGAGCGGGGGGAGGUGGCGCUGCAGCCUCCGCCGCAGGGCAUCCUCCACAAGCUGCUGGUGUGGUUCCCGCUGCCCAGCCUCGGGCCUCUCGGCGCUGCCGUGCGUGGACUGAUCCAGGGGCAGCUCUUCGCUCUCUUCGGCCAGUCCCCCUCUUGGCAGGAGCCAGGAGGGCGGGAAGGCGCCCGGCCUGGCCAGCGGGCGCGCCCGCCUUGCGUGCCGCCUUCCCCCGCCAUUGCGUGCCUUGGGCCCCGAGGGUUCGGCAGCACCAGUGGUGAAGCCCUACCGCAAGACCGGCGCUUGGGUAGAGCCCUCGCCCACCCUGAAAAAGUGUCCAGGGCCAUACCUUCCACUUUUUCCAGCCCGAGCUGGUUUGCCCCCGCUGCUUCCAGCACCCCUGUUCCAGCCCCACCCCAGUCCUCUGUGGAGUUUCCACCUUCCGCUUUUUCCAGCUUGCCUGCAGUUCUGGUGGCCCCUCGCCCGCAUCGGCGGU